CGACCAAGACCUCGUGGGAGUGAAGGUCGUGAUAUCGAAACAAGCGAGCAUUCCGCAGGUCGCGGAGUUUGGCCACACUCGGCGGUAACGAUGGAGUCAGAAAAUAGAUACGCGCCUCAAUACCGUAAGGCACGACAUGUCAGGGUCGUCGAUACAGAACGGUAGCCUCGAUGGCGUCGCCUGAUUUUAGGCAUCGUCGAUCUAGAUCUUUGUGGGGUUCAUUUUCCGUCCCCUGUCAACCUCCCUCUGCAAACUUUGAGGGAAGAAGGAUGCAUGCGGACGUAUGCGGAUAUUCAGGAAGCUUACCUGAACGCGCAUCAUACCUGCCAACAGGAUCAUCACGCAGCAUGGGCUUCAAGUUCUACGACCCAUGACGGGGCCCCUGUGUCAAGAGAAGGCGUCAGACGGUUCGGAUGCCAAACGUCCGAGCGGCGAAGCGGCACAUGCAGGCUUUGUAAACGAGCGUUCCGUCGAAUUGGGGACAACCGGACAUUCACCUGUGAGGCCGGAUCACGUCGACGUCCCGCCUUCUCAGCGAGUCAGUGACGCAGAUGCCACGGUGUCAGUAUCCGUUUCAAAGUACCAGACAAGAACUGCUGGGAAUGCGGUGAAAAGAUGCCAGGUGUAAGCACGCGGAUCGUACUAAGAAUGGCAUGAGGUGCGAAUCCAAAAGAUCUGGACCCCAGCACGAGCGACCGCCGAGAAUACAACCAUAUCCGCUGACUCCGUAGGAUGUCGCAGCAGACAAAGCAGAUACCAGGUUCGCGUUGCGUGGUUUGCUGGUGAUACAGUUAGAGCGUACGGAUAUUCGAGCGGGAUUCUGACGAUAUUCUGAAGAAUUAGGGGCACCUGUGCCAGAGGAGGUCCCAAGGUCCGAAGUCCAUUGACUACGGAGCGUAAAC